AGAUAAGGUGGAGAGCCAAGUCCAGAACACUCGACAUCCCCUUAAAAGGCAGCUGCCAAAGGUCCGGGCCACAGUCUCACCUGCCGAGCCGCGUCAAAGUUCAGUCAUGGCCGCCAAGUACACCGUGUUCGCCCUGGCCCUUGCUGCCUGUCUCGCCAUGGCCGCUGCCCUCUGCGACGAAAGGGCUAUGGACAACCUCGAAAAGCAGAUCGAGAUCUGCGCCAGGAACGUUCCAGCCCAGAUGUACUCAGACCCAACUUGGCAAUGUGCCCGGUAUGUCUCUGGGAAGCUGAACAAGAAGGGCACCAGAUGCAGCAUCAGCGAGGCUCCCAAGUUCCUGGAGAACUGCUUGUACGGCUACGGCAGCGAGGAGGAAAUCACGCCUGCUGUGGACUGCCUCAAGAACGCCAUCAGUGCCAAAAUCUGCUGUUAAGGGGCAGUGAAUGCUUGCCCGCAGCGAACAAAAUACCUGGGAGUAUUUGAAAAAUUCGAUGCAAUAAAUCUGCACUUACCCGGUUCAGUA